AUGGACGUUCAGGGUUCUGGAAGAGAAUGCUGGGAAAGUUCUCCAUGUAUGGAAAUACACGAGUCCUCUCCCCUGGCAUCUAUCGCUUAUCAUUCCCCUAAAUCGAUCGAUCUGGAUUCCGAAUGCAAUAGACUUGGGCAAGCACCUGCCGUCUGUGUCUCCGAAAGUCCUUAUGGAUACGAUGUGAGCCCAAAUCAGAGGAUGCUCACCCCCACGGAAGAACCCCCUGUGGAUGCGGAAUUCUCUCAAGUGGAUCUCAAUGAAUGGUACCCCCGGUACUGGGCUUGCAUGCAACAUUUUCUCAGCCAAGGACAACACUCGCCUCAGGUGCAAUCAUUGGCCGCUUUUAUCAACAUUCGGCUUCCAUAUCAGCGAUCCGCCGCGCCAGUCAACGGGCUUCCAACACCCCAAAACAUAGACCCCGGAGUGGAAGGAACCUAUAAUGCUCCUUCAUUGAGGCCAUUUAUCCGACGUCUCAUCGUGACUGGAUAUGAUACUCCAUCAAUCUUGCAGGCAUUUUUUGGCAAUGACUGGCAGGCGGGAGUCGGGUGUGUUUGCAAACAGGAGCGGAUCAAUUACUUGUUUACUGCCAAGAGUGGAGGGUGGACAUCGACCAAAGCGGCAUAUGACAUGCUUCCCGACGAACAAACACCAUUUCUCCGGCCCCUUCGUGAAGCUACUGAGGAGGAACUACGAAUCGCCGAAUCACGGUGGACGCCGCUUCGGAUCCUGAAACCUCGGGAUCCUCUGUACUCCGUAGAUGAGACUGACCAGGGUGGGAGCUUGGACGGUUUGAAGCAUGGAGCCUCUCGCUUCGCCCGGAAAUACAGUUCCCUGAAGCUAAUAAUAUCUCCGCUGUCAUAUGCCUCUGAUGGAUCCCUCAAGGCUUUCAUCGGCGUCUCCUAUCGGGCAGAUGCGCCAACCUCUCCGUGGCUGGCUGCAUAUGUGGAUCUCUUCGCUGGUCGCGAAACACAGAUCGUGAUCUACUCGAGCCUCGAAGCCCAGGCGACGUCUCCUGUCGUUGAAUGCCAAUUUGUCUCUAUUCUGCGAGAUUCCGGCCAGUCUCUGGAGCUGGCUCGUGCACAACUAUUGGCUCUACUAUCCUAUGUCAAGGCAUACCUGCUACCAGAGUAUUUGUCAUCUAUCCAAUCUACCGGAUCUUCCCCUAUUCCCAACAAUCUGGGCCAGGAUCCCGCUUCCAAACACUCGGGUUUGAUCCCUGCGCCGCCCCCUCAGGCUUUCCUAAUUGGCAAUCUACAUACGGGACUAUUUUCCUUACUAAGUGCCUCGGGGGAUUAUACUCAUUCGGAGCCUGUCCCAGGCCUUCGGGUUCACCGCUUCGAUAAUCCUCCAUAUGUCAAGUACCUAUUUAGGGGCCAAAAUUCUGUCAUAGAUAGCUCUGACAGCUUUGACAGCCCUGACAGCGCCCCAGCCCCACUUCCAGAUGGCUUUCGCUUCCCCGACAGGGAAGGCCGAAUCGGGGUACAACCACAUCAGUACGACCUGAUACGGUUUCGCACCAAUGUUCCACGUUCACGUGGAACCUUAACCAAGCUCCCGGGAGUGACUAUUUACUCCGAUCGUAAGACUCAGCUCCAGCCACAUUUGUCUGACAGCUCAGAUGCAGCUGAAAGCUCACCGAACCGGGCUCCACUCGGAGAAAUGCCCAUCGCGUGGGCCUUUCUGGGUACUGAUGGCAGCUUGGCAACCCUGCAUGUUGAACCAGAGUACCGGGGCCAGGGACUUGCCUCACAUGUCUCCAAGGAAGCUAUGCGACAAGGGAUGGCCGAGGGUGGCAUCUGGCGAAACUACGGAGAGGCUGGUGAGGCUUGGGUCCACGCCAAUGUGUUGGAAAGCAAUAUCGCUAGUCGUCGAGUGAUGGAAAAGCUGGGUGGUGAGAUUGGAUGGACAUGUACGUGGACUGUAGUUGAAUACGAUAUGUAG